AGCAGCAUAACUUUCAUUUGACUGCUGGUUGCGUCACAGAGAACAGUACCUCGCAGUUUCCGUGGUAAGUACGCUGCUUCCUUUUCAGUUACAUAAUCAACUACUUCUACUUUCUAAAGUGUAUCUCAGUGUUCGUGGCUGAAGCAGCAGUCGGUUAAUUGGUGAUUAGGCUAGUGCUCUGAGCUCGUCUUCCGCACAGGGUAAGUUCGAGUUUUCGUUCCCAGAAGCUCAUAUGUAAGUUGUGUUUGCGUUUGCUUUUGCUGAUGAUUCUCGUCCCUGCAAGUGAUUGUCUACAGCAUAAGUUUGGGCUAACUGCUUGAACGGCAGAAAUCUUAAUGUGACAACAGUUGAGGUUCAGCUUGAUUCUGUAACCGAUACUAAACUACCUGGCAUAAAGAUAGACAACUGUUUUAGACAACGGUAUCGAAUAUAGGACGGCGACUUCGCCUUUUGAAAAGAACAGAUACAUUUCUGUGACUAAAAGCUGAGAAGUUUGUUUUACAACUCACUUAUCCAGCUAAUACUUGACUACGGGGGUUAUUGUCUUGGGAACAUGAAGCAAACCGAAGCCGCACGUCCAAGACGUAAUCAAUUUACAGAAACGAUGCGCCAGAGUAAUCCUAGACAAAAAAUGAGACACCCCCUCGGGGCCUUUAUUUAGAGACCUUAACGUCGUGCCAUUAUUUGAUAAAAGACAAGAACGCGCUCACAGCGGUAUUCAGUCUCGCUUGCUUGGAGAUUAGAUCGAGAAAGCUUAGGAUAACUGUAUAGGAAUAUUUUUAUUCAUAAAAGUGGCCCUGUCCUUUUGGCCAGUAUUACCGAAGAAAGUGGUACCAUCCAGCGGGACAUCCUGAGUUUUAGCAACAUUUGUUAGGAGGUAUAUCAUAUCUGGGUUUUUUAUUACUAAACGGUCAUUCUUUAGGUUUCCAAAAGGCCAGGGUAACUAAACAGGAGUGUUUUUUUUAUCAUAAAAAAUGCCUUGUCCUUUUGGCUUGUAUUAUUUAAGGAAAUAGUACCACCUAGCAGGACAUCCUAAACUAUGUCAGCAGUUGCUUGCAUGUAUUACUACAUGACAUGCAGCUUGUUAUUGUUACAUUGUAGUACAUACCUUGCCCUCUGAAGGCUUUUUCCUACCAGCUGGGGACAGUUCAACAAAGAUAGUUUAUUCAUACCUUGUUGUUGUAAUCACCUAAGAAUGUCCACCCAGGGGGACACUCUAUAGGAAGUACUCAGGUAUAACAGUGAUGGGGAAGUGCAAAACCCCUUAUCUGGUUUAACAUUUGAAAUCCAAGGAUAACCAAACAGGAGUGGUUUUUAUUCUUGAAAAUUGUUUAGCCCUUUUGAAUGGUAUAAGCUAAGAAAAUAGUACCACCCAGCAGGACGUCCUAAAUUAGCUCAGCAAGCUUGUGUUUAAUUUUUCAUGGUUUAUCUCAUUUGAAAGUGUUUUGAAAGUUUGUUUUUUAUCUCAGGUAAUUUUUGUUUUUCUUUUGUUUUGGGGUAUGGUAAUGAACGCUAAUGACGUUGAAACAAAUGGAAAACAAAAAUUACCUGAGAUAAAAUAAUUUCCUCGUUAGAUUUCUUGUGUUACUCAAUGAUUAAGGAGCACGAUGAGUUUGGAGUUGCUUUCAAGCUCUAUUUUCUCCACUCAUCAACAGGAAUUGGUAGUCCAUGUGUCAGUGUUUGGAUCCAGGAGGGGUGGAUUGAGUGGCUAGCCACCCGUUUUUAGAACAGUCCACCAAAAAAUGUAAUACUUAAGGAAAUAAAUGGAAAUACGUGGGAGGCAAAAACCUUGUGAAGCCAACCAACCAUCGUCCUUCCUAAAUCAGCAUGCUUUGGGACAAAAGUGCAACAACUUAAAAUUAAUAACGUAUAGUUUGAUGGCCGAUUAGUAUCAUCAACCCACCAUUCAAAAAUCGUGGAUGUGCCCCUGGUACUUUAAGUUUAUUACAAAAACGUUUGCAAGAGCUGUUGCUUAAUCAUGUUUUGGAAAUCUUGAAAAGAUAAAGGAGUAGAGACAAAAGAGUAUUAAUUAAUAUCCAAGGUCUUAGAGUAAAAAUACACUUGUAUUUCAAAGGGGGUAGAAUACUGUGAAACUAACUUCUUUUCAUCAACAGUGUCUGAACUUUUAUUAGGCAUUAUCCCCCUUCUGAGGUACUCUGCAAACUAAUCAGUAACAGUAGUGAUGUAUGAAAAUUGGUUUGAAGGAUAACACUCAUAUUUAAUUUGAUGGAAUUGCAUAAUGAAUGACUUUCCAUUCAAUAAUCUUCAUUGCAAAGGUGAUGAAAUAGCAACACCUACCAUACAGACAAAGACACCACAAUCAGUUGAGUUUAAUUGCUGUGGUACAUCUGUAAUGUAGAAAUUGAACAGAACUUGUCACUGAUGAGUUUCUGUAAUUUCGUCCAUGAAAGAAGAACAAAGCAUAUCUUGUUAUGAAAUUGGUAGACAGUUACAAUGUACUGUCUAGUUAGCCUAGCUUCCUCUUCAAAGUUUCUAACUUUUUUUUCAAUUUUUUUUUUCAUUUUUUUUUAAAUGAACACUAGUGAGCAGCACAAAGCAACGCGAGGAUCUUGUUUACUUGAUUUACUUCUCCGACCGGUAGUGGGGUUAUUGGGGCUGUUGACAGUUGGGGAGAGGGGGGAAGUUAAAAAUAGAGUCUCCAGAAUCAACAACCGAGGCUGGUUCCUGCCACGGUAGGUAGGUUUUUGGGUAUGGUAAUGUAUGAUAAUGAGUUUGAAACAAAAGAAAAUAAAAUUUAGACCAAGGAUAAUAUUGGACCACAAUUUCAGUAUGGAGAGGUGGGGUGAGAAUAAUGUUGUUGUCACAAAAAAAAAAUGAUUUGUUUUGAUAGUGCCAGCCAGAGAGUACAGCCAACUGUACCUACCUUUUUUUUGCUGAGUGAUAACUGACCAGUCAAACAGCACACAAAUACUGAGGACAGGAAAUAACAAUGAUUCUAUAACAAUACUAAAUAAUAACAACAAUAACAAUAAUAUUUAUGAUAAUAAUAGAUCUAACUGGCCUUUCCUGGAUGUAGUAAGGAUGGAAGUAUAUCAUGAAUGAAAGGAUAUCAUUAUUACAUAAUGGACUGAUGAUAUGAUCAAUUAGGAAUUUUUCAAAGAACAUGAGAAAAUCUCAAACAUCGCAAAGUAUACCGUAAAAUCACGCUUCCCUGGCAAUAAAACGGCACCUCUAGCUGUCAGUUUUGAGUACUCCCUAUAGAUUGUCCCCCUGGGUGGACAUUCUUAGGUGAUAACAACAACAAGGAAUGAAUAAAACUAUCUUUGUCCAGCUGUCCCCGGCUGACAGGAAAAAGCCCUCAGAGGGCAAGGUAUGUACUACAAUGUAACAAUACCAAGCUGCAUGUCAUGUAGUAAUACACGCAAGCAACUGCUGACAUAGCUUAGGAUGUCCUGCUAGGUGGUACUAUUUCCUUAAAUAAUACAAGCCAAAAGGACAAGGAAUUUUUUACGAAAAAAAAAAAACUCCUAUUUAGUUACCCUGACCUUUUGGAAACCUAAAGAAUCACCGUUUAACAAUAAAAAACCCAGAUAUGAUAUGUACCUCCUAACAAAUGUUGCUAAAACUCAGGAUGUCCCGCUGGACACUACUAUUUUCUUCGGUAAUACCGGCCAAAAGGACAGGGCCACUUUUAUGAAUAAAAAUAUUCCCAUACUGUUAUCCUAAGCUUGUAGAAACCGACAGAAAUCAAGUUCUACAACACCAUUUAACAAUAAAAAACCUAGAUAUGAUAUACCUUCUAACAAAUGUUGCUAGAACUCAGGAUGUCCCGUUGGACGGUACUAUUUUCUUCGGUAAUAACGGCCAAAAGGACAAGGCCACUUUUAUGAAUAAAAAUGUUCCCAUACAGUUAUCGUAAGCUUGUAGAAACCUGUAGAAAUCCAGUCCUACAACACAGUUUAAUAAUAAAAGCUAGAGGUGAUGUACAUGCCAACAAAUCUUGCUGUAAUUUGGGCGUAUGGAAAAGCCGGAAUCCGGAAUCCGGAACCACAGGAAAAAAUAAGGGAUUCCCAUUUUUGGAUAUUUUAGGGUAUUUAAAGAAUACCCAUAAAAAAUCCCAAAUUUGGCAAAGUGAGACAAGUCCCAACCAGGGAAUUCCCAACUAAGUUACCAGACUGGGACUUGUCUCACUCUUCCAAAGUUGGGAUUUUUGUGGGUAUUCUUUAAAUACCCUUAAAUAUCCAAAAAUGGGAGUCCGUUAUUUUUUCUCGUGAACCGGAGCCGGAAACGGAACCGGAACCGGAACCGGAACCGGAACCGGAACCGGAACUUAAGUUGAGACCAGGGUAAACUGGGAAGCAUUGAAACCAGUUCUCCAUACCCGUGUGGGAAUAAAAUUCAAGAUGGCGUCCUCUGUUAUCAUUAGAGUCUUUAGGGACUUUUAGCACCGACGGUUUUCAGGACGGCUACGGGAACCGGAAAUGAAGUCAGACUCUUUUUCGCGCGCGCGAGUGUCACCCUCGGUUUCUUGCCGCCGUAGCGGCCUUCCCUAGUACGGCAAACCGAGUAGUUUGACGUACUGGCGACUACGGGAGUUUUAGGUGAGUAUUUUAUUAACCUUUUAAUUGACUUUUAGUGUUUUCAUUUGUAAAACAACUUCUUAUUCCUUUUCUUCAUAAAUUUAGACCAGUUUUCUUUAGAAUUGGUUUGAUAUUUUUCCUUUAUUUACGCUUUUUUCACAGGUGUGGAAGACACAUGUCGGUCGAAAAGCAUCCCAAGUGAGUUUAUUUUUGUACAUGAUUCUGCUUGUCCUUUCCGUUUUCAUUUUGAUAUAUAACGCUAAUACUCUUUAUCUAAAUUGUUUCUUAACGUUUGGAAGAGGGUUUUUCUUUCAAGUUUUUAUCUAUUGUUAUGUUUCAGUCGCCGAAUAUCUUUUUUAUAACCAGACAAAACAUGCCUUUUUUGCCUAUGGCUGCUUUAAUUUUUAUAUACAACUCUUGAUGGUGUUCAGCUUCAAGUCGGGCAUCAAAAUGAAAGGC